AUGUCGGAGAUUUCUUGGAUCCAACGUGCAUUCGAGACCGUCCGCGGGUAUCGCGAUGACAACCCUGGUCGCGUCCAUGCGGCAGAAAUGGACGUAAACAUCGCUACAACCAGCGACUUUAUAUAUUUCAUGGAUGACACCAACGUCCUAGGCGUCGAUGAGGACUACGUGGACCAGUAUCACUGGCCUGCCAAAGAAAGCAUGGUGCUCCUGUCCGAAGCCUUUUUUCACGCCAUGCAAGGCGCGUUCCACUUCGUCCUCCGCGAGCAGUUUCUGCAGCAGGCAUACCAGUUUUCGGGCACGGGACAGCAUCCUUCGUGGUCCAAAAGGCAUUGGCUUGCGUUGGCGAACCUGGUGUGGGCGAUUGGGUCCAAAUGGUUGCAGAUCACGAAACUCAACGAGCCAGACUCUGAUGAUGACCAUCUCAUCUUUUAUGCGAGAGCCCGUGCUCUGGGACUCGACCACAGGGUAAUGUUUGACCAUCCUGACGUCGAUCGUGUCCAAGGCAUCGGCUUGCUGUCCUUCUACCUGCUCAUCAAUGGGUCCAUCACACGUGCUUGGAAUACUUUGGCCCACGGCACUCGCCAUGCUACGGCACUGGGUCUCCACCUCAAAGUGACGGAUGAGAGUGUCGGCGAAUUGGAAAGAGCCCGACGUGCGCGAACGUGGUACUCGCUCUAUAGCCUGGAAAUCUUGAUCGCCGAGAUGACGGGGCGUCCCAAAUCCAUCUUUUUGAUCGACGUCACUAUACCAAUCGAUUUAUUCUGGUCGGUUCCACAAGAGAUUUUGGAGUUCUCCGGGCAAGUCGACCACUUUUUGUCUCCUGACAGCUCGAGAAAGCUGUGGCUCGAGUACUUGCACGCCGGCCGCAAUAUAUCCCAGAUGACUGGUGGCAUGAUGCCUUGGAAAAGCUUUGCCUCGGUGGGACGCAACAUACCGACCUCUUACUUGCCCCAUCGACUGCACUUGUGCCGCCUGAGCGACAAAGUCGCGGCGCAGAUGUACAGCGGCACGUCCGGAGAUUCGUGGUCCGAAAUACAGAGCAAGAUAGGCAAUUUACAGGCCGAGCUAAGACAGUGGGCCGAGGAUCUGCCCGAAGAGCUGUCUUUCCAAGGCCAACAGCAUGCCGAUACGGAUCCGAGGAUCAAGAUCGAACUGGGCAUGUACUACCACAGCGUGGGGAUGAUUCUCAACCGGCCCUGUCUAUGCGAAAUCAACAUCAAGAACGAAUCCGCCCGCUCGCAGGAGUUCAAUCGCAGUGCCGCGCGAGCGUGCGUGCAUGCGGCCAUGUCUAUGCUUGCGCUCAUGCCGGAUUAUCCCACGGCGCACGAAGCCAAUCAGCUUCUCCCGUGGUGGAGUCUGCUGCAUUUUGUGGUACAAGCGACGACGGUAUUGUUGCUCGAGCUCGCCCUUGAUGCGCAGCACUUCCGCGACGAAGUUCCGCAGUUGGUCACGUACGUGCGCAAGGCCAUGGGCUAUCUUUGGUGCAUGACCGAGGGGUCACUAUCGGCAUACCGCGCAUGGCGGAUUUUGCACCAGCUGUUGACCGAGGUGUCUAUGCGACACGAGGACUUGGAUCUGACGGACAUUCCGACCCAGGCGCCACCGCCGGCCGGAUGGAACGAUCAUCUUGAGGAGGCUACGGUCCAGGCGUUCUCCUGGAGCGAAAGGCCAGAGUAUCCAUUUCCUGGGAGCGGAUGA